CUCGCCCCCUCCCCCUCGCCUCCAUCAUUUUCCCAUCUCUUACUCUCUUCCCCUCAACAAACAUGGCCGCGAAAUCUGAUGGUGCUCCUGUCUCUCCGCGAAACGAAAUCCCACACGAGUGUCCCGCCAGGUCGGACCCGGUAGCCCCGGAGUGCCGUGUGAAGGAGCAUCGGUACAGCCUGCAGGACUUCUGCUGGACGCUCUGCGUCCUUUUGGUCUUUUUCUCGGACGGGGCCUCAGACCUGUGGCUGGCUGCCGACUACUACCUAAGGGGGAAGUACUUGUUCUUUGCCUUGACUCUGGUCUUUGUGAUCAUUCCGUCCGUGGUCGUGCAGGCGUUAAGCUUUCGGUGGUUCGCCUAUGAUUUCACGGAGACCGUGGACAGCGGCACAGCCGCGGCCGCUGUGGUUGCAGCGGGGGGAGCGGAGGGAGGCGACUUCAGCACCAAGGACAGCGGCGAGUGGGGCGCUGGCCGGGCUGCCGCGGCCGGGGGGCUGCCGGGGCCGGCCGGCGGGGGGCGAGUCCGAGGCUGCUGCAGAGCCUUUAUGUGGUUCUUUCAAGCCCUCAUUCACAUUUUACAGCUAGCACAGGUCUGGAGGUAUGUCCACGCCCUGUAUCUGGGAGUGCAGAGCCGCUGGCAUGGAGACCCCGAGAGGCGUAACUACUACUGGCGCAUGAUGUUUGAGAGCGCCGAUAUCAGCAUGCUGCGUCUGCUCGAGUCCUUCCUGAAGAGCGCUCCCCAGCUGGUGCUGCAGCUCGGCAUCAUGAUCUACACCAGUCAGGUGCUACCUCUUCAGGGGAUUUCAGCUUCUACCUCGCUGCUAUCUCUCGCCUGGAUGAUCUCCUCCUACCAGAAAGUCUUGAGAGACUCAAGAGAUGACAAGCUUCCCAUGACCUACAAAGCUGUGAUGGUCCAGAUCCUGUGGCACCUGUUUACCAUUGGCGCUCGCGCGCUGGCCUUCGCCCUGUUCAUCUCCAUAUCCCGCCUUUACUUUGGCAUCUUCAUCGUGGCCCACUGGUGCAUCAUGACCUUCUGGAUAAUCCAGGGGGAAACAGACUUCUGCAUGUCCAAGUGGGAGGAGAUCAUCUACAACAUGAUGGUGGGCAUCGUGUAUAUCUUCUGCUGGUUCAGUGUCAGAGAGGGCCGCACCCGCUGCAGGUUGCUCAUCUACAGCCUGACAGUGUUCAUCGAGAACGUGGCGCUCACCACUGCCUGGUACUUGUACCGUGGCACCCCAGAGCACCACAGCGGCCCAGACUUCUACGCCGUCGUCAUGGUUUGCGUGGUGGCCAGCAGCUAUGCUCUUGGCACGUUCUUCAUGUUUGUGUAUUACUGCUUGCUUCACCCUAAUGGCUCCAUGUCAGGGUGGGGUUAUAUAGCACAGAAGGAGGUACCUGUGGAGGUGAUGGCUUCCCCAACAGCGAGCCUCCCCCCUGAUCUAGUUAGCAGCCCUCCUAGGACCCUUCAGAGAACUAAAGGGUUGGACAGGGAGUCUGGGAUGGACGGAGACGUCUUUAAGGUACGCCCACCGAGGGGAGCCAAGCUCCCAGUGCCUCAUCUCAAACCCAGGACAGAGGGGCCCGUCAUCCGAAUAGACUUACCAAGAAAGAAAUACCCUGCAUGGGACGCUCAUUACAUCGACCGACGACUGCGUAAAACCAUCCUAGUGCUGGAGAGCGCAGCCCCAGUGACGCCAAGGAUUCAGUACCGAUGCCUGAGCACAGCCAAAGAAGUGAUGGAGUACGAGACCACCGUGUGAUGCGCCGAAGGUGCAGUGACUCAGCUCGUCGGCACAUGGACAUCCUGCCUUAAGUGAAGAUGGCAGGAGGACUGCUGUCAAUGCACAGCCUGUUUUAGCUCCACACGCUCUGAUUGCCCUCUGUGCUGGCAGGCAGUGCACACAAACAGGCGGAUAGAAGGAUGGAGGGAUGUGUCUUUAUGUUCUGCUAAACAAAAAUGGGUAAAAAGAAAAUCAAUAAACAACGCGUUGUUGUUUUCAGAAGGUCAAAAAUUUGGUUUCUGUAACAGUUUUCUCAGGUCAUGAUGUGGCACAAGAGGUGAUGUUAGAGAAAAGCACAGACAGGCAGAGAAGUGGCGCCGUUUGUACCUCUGCUGUGAGGGAGCACCAACACGUCCUCUGCAGGGGGUCCAGAGCGGAGACGAGCCUUUAGCCCACACGAUUAUUUAUGGCAGCUAGAACACCGCUGAGUGAGUGUGUGAGACAGUUUAAAAUGUUAAUACUGCAAACAAUCCACAAGAACCACAGCACAGGUAGUUUCCUUGGUUAUUGUCAUUUUUGCUAGCUUAAAGUCAUGUUGCCAGAGUCUCUAAACAGUGGAGAAUAAAAGCGGCAUUUGGGCUGAAUGUACAAACUGUGGACAGUGUGAAUAAGCAUUUUCAACAUUCCUGUGGUUUGGUUUUAUUUGUUAAAAAGGAGAUAUAAUGAAAUUUGUUUACAAAUCACUCUGUAACAUUGUUCUUUUCUCUAUGAAGAAUGCAUACGGAAUGAAAAAAGGUCGUUAUUGUGAUUUUCAUCAUUUCUACAGGAUGUAAAAUGAUGUGAUGGACGUUACACGUCCAUGUCUACGCCCAUCUUAAGCCGAUAAAACUACAUGACAGAUAUUAUUUAACGUGUAAAUUACUGUAUAAUCAAGAGAAGGUUUAGAGACACAGCAGUGUUUGUUGUUGUACUGAAUCAACACUUUUGUAAAUUAACUAUCUUAAGAAUUUGAGAGAAAAA